CAAAGAUGCAAACUCAACACACAAAAUGGGACACCCAUGCCUAUUGUUUUUGCUAAUUGUUUCUUGUUUGGGCCAUGAAGGUCUUGUAAAGGGUGCUUUAGGGUUUGCGUGUAAUUGGGGAACCCGCUCCAGCCAUCCACUCCCACCAGAUAUUGUUGUUAAGUUGAUUAAGGAUAAUGGGUUCAAUAAAGUGAAGCUAUUUGAAGCUGAUCCUGGAGCUCUUCAGGCUUUGGGAAAUUCUGGUCUUCAAGUUAUGCUUGGAAUCCCUAAUGAAUUUUUGGCACCGCUUUCAAGUACUGUCCGAGUUGCCGAGGAAUGGGUCGCCAAAAACGUGUCUUACUUCGUUUCAAAUUUUGGUACAGAUAUCAGGUAUGUGGCUGUGGGUAAUGAACCUUUCCUAAACGCCUACAACGGUUCAUUUCUUCAAACCACCUUCCCAGCUAUGCAAAACGUACAAGCCGCCCUAAUAAAAGCCGGUUUGGGUCGACAAGUGAAAGUCACAGUCCCAUUAAACGCCGACGUUUAUGAGACCGAGAAUGGGCUCCCUUCCGGCGGCAACUUCCGGCCGGACAUCCGUGAUCUUAUGGUUAAUAUCAUCAAGUUCCUCAGCAACAACGCCGCUCCUCUCACCAUCAACAUCUACCCCUUCCUUAGCCUCAACGCUGAUCCACAUUUCCCCAAGGAGUACGCCUUCUUCAACGGCAAUGCCGCGCCCGUUAUCGAUGGCUCCAUCUCUUACACCAACGUUCUCGAUGCAAAUUUUGACACUCUCGUCUCCGCUCUCGAGAAGAAUGGCUUUUCCAACAUGCCUAUCAUUAUUGGAGAGGUCGGGUGGCCAACUGAUGGAGAUCCCAGUGCCAAUAAAGCUAAUGCUCAAAGAUUCAAUCAAGGCCUAGUCGAACGCAUCAAUCGUCGGCAAGGCACACCAAAGAGGCCCGUGCCCGUUGACACCUACAUCUUUGCGAUCAUCGACGAGGACGCAAAGAGCAUUCAACCGGGGAGUUUCGAGCGACAUUGGGGAGUUUUCAAUAACGAUGGAACAAUCAAGUACUCUUUGAACAUGGGGAAGGGGAGGUCCUUGGUUCCAGCCAAAGGAGUUCGAUACUUGCCAAAGCAGUGGUGCGUGAUGUCACCGCAAGCUAGUCUGUCGGAUCCCAAUCUUCCGAAUAGCGUUGCAUAUGCGUGCGACCAUGCUGAUUGCACAAGCCUUACCUACGGCUCCUCCUGCAGCCAACUUGAUGCGAAAAGCAACGUUUCAUAUGCAUUCAAUGCCUAUUUUCAAACAAUGAACCAGAGUUCUUCCGCAUGCAAAUUUUCGAACCUAGCAACGGUUACCACCGUCGAUCCCUCUCCGCCUAAUCAGGGCAACACCCGGGAUGGCUGCCGAUUUGCGAUUAUGAUCGAUACUUCGAAAAGGCGUCGACUUGCAAGACCGCCCAGAACUUCCUCGGAUUCACCCAGAAUAGCCCACAUUAGCUGCUGCCAUGGGAUCACUCUACUUCUCGCGCUCUUCGUUUUGAUUCUCAAAUAUUGAUAUUUUAUUUAUCAAAAUUUGUUCUCAAGCCAUUGGUUUGAUUUUUUAUGCCUACAAAAUAUACAAUU